AUGGGGCAAGUGUAUGAAUUGAUUGGACACGAACCCCCAGCUGUGAUCAAAUAUAUGUUUUGUGGCAAUGAAACACAAUUGAAGAUGUUCCAAGAUGAAUGUGAAGCUUUGAAGAAGAUCUAUCAUGUAAAUGUUGUCCGAUUAUAUCGAUAUAAAGAAGAAGGGAAAACAGUGGGAAUUGUAAUGGAAUAUUGUGAGAAGGGACCACUCAAGGAAGUGAUCCUUGAUCCAACAAUUACAUAUUCAAUGAACACUGUUCUCACCUGGGGAAUCCAAUUAUUUGGUGCCAUUGAUCACAUGUAUCAGAAACACAAAUUGGUACAUCGAGAUAUCAAACCAGACAACAUUUUUGUGACCAAUGACUACCAGCUGAAGAUUGGUGACUUCGGAUUGGAUGUUUAUGACCAAAUCAAGGAUCCAGAUAUUCGAGAUUCCCAUCGAAACGAUGUGUACAGCCUUGGCUUGGUCGUGUGGGAGAUCAUUGAAAGGAGAACAAUCUUUUUGAAAUAUGGCCCAGAAGGGGCAUUCAACAGAGAUAUGCUUGUAUUAGAUAUCGGCCUGAAACGUGUUACUGAAAUCGAAUCACCCGAAUGUCAAUCAGAAAUCCAAAAAAUCAUCUCGAGAUGUACUAACUUUCAACGUAUUCUUCGUCCACCAGCUUCUGAAGUUUUGGAUUUCCUUGCUCAAACGCAGAAAAAUCUUUUGUCG